UUUUUGACAUUUGACAGAAUUAAAAACAAUUAGUAAACAUUUUCGAUUUAUUUUCUAGCAAAGUGCGUUUUAUACAUGUUUUAAAAACGUUUGCUAUAGCUAGUGUUGCGCUAACGCUACAUUCAUCAUGAUAGAAGAAGUGCAAAGACAUUCAGUACACACCUUGGUGUUUAGAUCUUUAAAAAGAUCCCACGACAUGUUUCUGUCCAACCAAGGCUUAUUACCUCCCGUUGAUGACACCGCGGAGAAAAUCAGGAAAAGCGUGAAAGCCAGGGACUGCUACGGCAUGGUAUUCGACGACGUAAAGAAAAUGCAAGCCAUGAGACACCUCAGAGAUUCCGAGGCUGGCCCCAAUCCACCACCUCCCGGCACUGGAGAAGUAGAAUCGACCCAGCCUAACGACGGAGCUGUCGUCCCUUAUACAGACACUAGUUUGAUGAACAAGAACCAACAGGGAGGCAAUCAGAAUCAACUGGCGAACAUUAUCAAGAAGGCUCCGACUAUGCCCAAGCCGAAAUGGCACGCUCCUUGGAAACUAUACAGGGUGAUAGCCGGGCAUCUGGGUUGGGUACGGUGUGUCGCUGUAGAACCAGGAAAUGAGUGGUUUGCGACCGGUGCUGCGGAUAGAAUCAUAAAAAUUUGGGAUUUGGCCAGCGGUCAGUUGAAAGUAUCGUUGACGGGACACGUAAGUACCGUGAGAGGUUUGGCGGUUAGUGGGAGACAUCCUUAUUUGUUCAGUUGCGGGGAAGAUCGGCAGGUGAAAUGUUGGGAUCUGGAGUACAACAAAGUUAUUCGACAUUAUCAUGGGCACUUGUCAGCCGUCUAUUCCCUCGCUCUCCACCCCACGAUCGACAUCUUGCUCACAGCCGGUCGAGAUUCCACAGCGCGCGUCUGGGAUAUGAGAACGAAGGCCAACAUCCACACGUUAACAGGCCACACACACACGGUAUCCACCGUCGUGGCUCAGGCCUCAGAACCACAGGUGAUCACAGGAUCCCACGAUUCCACCAUAAGGCUGUGGGAUCUGGCGGCGGGCAAGUCCAUAUGCACGUUGACCAACCACAAGAAGAGCGUUAGGGACGUGGUGCUCCAUCCGACAUUGAAUAUGUUCGCGUCUGGUUCCCCGGACAACAUAAAGCAGUGGAAAUGCCCCGAGGGGAAGUUCAUCCAGAACCUGUCGGGUCACAACGCCAUCAUCAACUGUCUGGCGGUCAACGCGGACGGAGUGCUGGUUUCGGGGGGCGAUAACGGCACCCUGCACUUCUGGGACUGGAGAACGGGUUAUAAUUUCCAGAGGUUGCAGGCGCCGGUACAACCGGGGUCGAUGGACAGCGAGGCGGGGAUUUUCGCGAUGACUUACGAUAACUCGGGGUCGAGGCUGAUCACGACGGAAGCCGACAAGACGAUUAAGAUCUAUAAGGAGGACGAGACGGCGACGGAGGAGACCCAUCCCAUCAACUGGAAGCCGGAUAUCCUCAAGCGGAGGAAGUUUUAAUCAGGGGAGAGACGUGUAUGUAUUUUUUUUUACUUGAAUAAAUCGUUCGAUGGGACUUUUAAUAUUAA